CACUUCUGCCCAACUCCUCCAGAAGAAGAACAUUUGCUAUUAAAACAGUGCCCUGAGAUUGAAGUGACCAGAUCACUGGCAUAUUUUUCAUUGUCGUCGCGCGAUCUUUAAGGACCCAAAAUGAAGGUGGGCCGCUACACUGUUACCAUGGUUACAGUUUUCGUCGUCGUCGUCCCGCUGUGUUGCCAAAUGAAAAGUUGGGACGCGCACUUGAAGCACAUGAACGACGUGCUGGACGAUUUCACUCCAUCUGAGGGUCGUUGCCGCCUCAUGUACGAAGGCAAAGAUGAGUUUGAGCGCUUCAAUCGCUGUUUUCAGGAUGCUACGACGCGUCAUGCGUACCUGAACUCAUUUUCAACUAAACCUCAGUCUGCUAAGUAUGGAAUAAACCACUUCUCCUCCCUUUCACCCAAGGAAUUCCGAGAUUUGUACCUGCGAGCAAUCUCUGCGCCCGCUCCGCCGUUCCUCGGAGCCAAUACAAGGGAGCUGCCGGCCAAAUUUGACUGGAGGGACCGAGCGGUCGUGGCGCCGGUCCAGGACCAACAAGCAUGUGGGAGCUGCUGGGCGUUUAGCGUGGUGGGCGCCGUGCAAGCGGCCAGCGCCAUAGCGGGUGCGUCGCUGGAGGAGCUCAGCGUGCAGCAAGUCGUCGAUUGCUGCUUUCCAAAUGAAGGCUGCAGUGGAGGAUCCACGACGAAAGCUCUGCUCUGGUUACAAACGACCAGAGUGAAACUGGUGCCACAGUCAGAGUAUCCAUACAAAGCCAAGAAUGGGAUGUGCCAGUUUUUCUCCCAGCCUCAAGAGGGCGUCACCGUGAGGAACUUUACUGCUUACAACUUCAGCGGUCAGGAGGAGGCAAUGAAGGCAGAGCUGGUGGCACGAGGUCCUCUCUCUGCCCUCGUGGAUGCAGUCAGUUGGCAGGACUACUUGGGAGGAAUCAUCCAGCACCACUGUUCCAGUCAUUGGCCCAACCACGCAGUGCUCGUGGUGGGUUAUGACACCACCGGGGCAAUACCUUUCUGGAUAGUACAAAAUUCCUGGGGCACAGACUGGGGAAGCCAGGGUUAUGCUUACGUCAAAAUUGGCAGCAACCUUUGCGGUAUUGCGGGUUCUGUGGCGGCUGUGUUGGUUUGACAGCAUGCAAAUAAAUCACUUUACAAGGGAUUUGAUGUUGGGCUUUAUUUAGGCACAAAAAUACACCCUUAAUUCAGAACAAAUGCUAUGUACAACAAACAUUUCUUUUAAAUACAAAAUGAUACCGGUUCGCAUACAGAAAUUAUAGUAAACAAUAUAUUAGACGUAUAAUAAAAUGUGGAACUGACACUAACUGGACAUAACUAUGUAUACUACUAAUAUUUGCGCUUAUCAGAGUAGACGUGCCUAAUGUCGUGUCCAGUGAGCAUAUGAACAUUAUAUACACAUCACAUUUUCUUAAUUUCCAUGCUGUGCAAAUAGUUUUAGAUGCUAAGCAUCAUAUUAUUAUAAACUAACUGUAUUUACAUCCUCGCGGGAUCGCCACGUAAUACUUAGUGUGCUUUAUGGAUGAAAAAGUGGUCAUGUGGAAAGAUGAACAAGUUAUGCAUAACAAGUCUUUUUGUAUGUGUUUUUUUCCUCUUCUCUUGUCAUUUUCUGAGCUAGUCCGAGUCCUCGCUGCUGCAGUAGGAGCUGUCGCAGCACUCAGCCGUGUAAAGGAAGGUGUGGACAUCGGGAGUCAACUUGGGCACCCAAUGGCGAGGCACUAGGUACGUGGCCAGGUUGAACAAGUCCACAAAGACUUUGUAGCGGUCACUGCAGAGAAGAAAGCAAAAUCAUAAAUUAAAAAUUAGUCAGCUUUGUCCUGUCAAUGAUAUGUACCAGCAUGAAACAAGGAGUGGUAUUGUAACACCGGGGUGCUAAGGUUGCCAUUAGGGUUGGGUCAUUUAUCAAAAUGUAAUUGGGAUUCCCAUUUUGGAUUGUCCUGAUCAUAAAAACAGUAUAAUGGGAGAAAAACGAUUAAAUGUACCAAACUGUAAGGUGUAUAUUACAUAUUAUACAGUGCCCUCCAUAAUUAUUGGCACCCCUGGUUAAGAUGUGUUUUUUAGCUUGUAAUAUAUAUAUAUAUAUAUAUAUAUAU